CCUCAAAUAAGCCAAUUUACAAUUUGCUAUAGAUGAGUGACGUUACAAGUGAACCCACUAAAUCUUUAUUUACGGCAUGUUGAGACUGAAAAGGCCAGAGCCUCCUUAUAGAAAUAGUGUUAUACUGAGUACAUUAAUGUGCAUCUGGCAUGAAGAAUACCAUUUAUUUGGCUGUUGUUUCCGGUUCUACAAAUGAUGCAUUUGAGUGUUUAUAUGUAAAUUAGUGCAUUUUGGCAAUAAAGGGAAGACAAAAACCUCAUAAUGAAUAAGCUAUGCGCUUACGUAUAAAGUACACUAAACAGGAAGGAGGUGAAAAACGCACAUGUGUGUAGCUUUCUUAUAUCCCACAACUGACGUUUGAACCCGUAGUUUAUUUUUUUCCAAUUGCUUAGACACAAAAAUGUCAAAUAACACAGUUAGUGAAACCUGACACUCAGGGAGCAAAACAGAAGCCCAGACCUGCACAACUAUAAGCACAUGCUCAGCCUCACACUCUCUGGGUUAUGUCACUUAAUUGCCUUUUUUAGACACUGCCUUGAAAACUUCACAUUUUUUUUGUAUUUCAUUUGCUGUGCGCUUUCUUUUGUGUCCACACAUUUAGUUGCUGUGUUUACAGUAUUCAAUUUGAAAUCGACAUUUCCUGUACAAAAUGCAACCUUUACAUAGUGCACGUAGACAUGGAUACAAUGUGGAGAAAUACAAUAUAUAAUUUCAUUAGUGUGCAGUACUGGUGUUGUGUUUGGUUGACAUAUUCAUGUACUUUUACAUACUUUACUGUAACAAUAUCUCUGCCAAAAUCAAGCAGGUUCUAUCAUUAGAAAAGAAUAGUUAGUGUUUUAAAUUUUGCACAGCAGUGUGUAACUGGUUCAAACAGAGUCCAAUCUUAUGGACCACGUGUGUGGCGUACGGUGACGUAAAUGGGGUUUUAUACAUGAAGUGUAUCAUUUUGCAAAAGAUUUGAGGUGUUGUGCUACUUGUGUGUCAGGUUGUGUGAAUCGGGUCUUGCGUUUUGACAACUUGACGCCUGCUUUCAAAAUUGUGCUUAAGCAACUGGAUAAAAGUGUGAAAGUGCUUUGCUGCGCACGCGGCCCCCGGAAGGGCUCAGUGCAACGCAGCAAACACGCCGAGCCGCAAAGUGAAAGUGAAAGCGAAACGCAGCCGCAGUGCGCGCGGAGACUCGCACAACACGGUGUUGUUGCGCCAGUUCGGGCUGAUUCUGCAGUAUGGAGUUCAUCACAGACAUCAGUGUCAUCGUUGACGAGGCAGAUUUCACAGACCCUGGUAGACUGGAGGAGAUACUUCGAUCGUACCGGUCGGAGAAAAGGGCCUCCUACCACACAGUGAGAGGGACCUUUGAGGAGCUGGAGGAUCUCUCCAUCAGACUGUUGGAGGUCACGGGUCGCUCCGAAGCGGUCCCGUGUAGACCAACCCGCGCUCCGCCUCAUGUCAAACCCGUGGACGUAUCCGGGGCUGUCAUGGCCUACAUUCAGCAGAAACGUGCCGAAGAACUUCGGAGAAUUCAAGGAAGCAGCUUCGCCAUCGAAACACAGCCCCACCUUGGAACAGCGCACCACCAUCCCAGCGGCACGGUGCGGGUGACUUUCCGAUCCCGCCACGCCUCCUCGCCACCUGUUCACCCCGGCUUUGUCAGAGAGCGAUUCGUCACAUUCUACCAGAGAACCGCGUCCGACCUGCAGGUCACAUCCGUCCCGGCAAGUUGGCAGCGCAACCUCAAAGACCUGCAGGGGGCAUUUCCCAACCUCCUCUUCGAAUCCGCCCGCGGCCACGGGCCACUGACGGUGACGGGGCCCUUCAUGCAUGUCGCUAGAAUAAAAGACUUCCUCUUACAAAAUAAGGGGAGCUCGAGCGGGGUUCAGGCGGACGGAGGUUUGGUGGACGUGGCGAGUGCCGGCACACAGGGUCCGUCAUCUGCGCCCGGCGAAGGCCCCACAGAGGACCCGUGUCCGAUCUGCAUGGAGCCGAUGGCAACGGCGGAGAAAGAGACUCUGCGCUGCAAGCACUCGUUCUGCGGGAGCUGCCUGAAGAGAGCCUUCGCCUACAAGCCCGUGUGCCCGACGUGCGGGGAGCUGCAUGGCACUCUGAUAGGAACGCAACCCGACGGAGGCAAGAUGAAGGUCACCAAAACCUCUUCCUCUCUGCCGGGAAACGAGCAGCACGGAACAAUAACGAUCCGUUAUUGCAUUCCAAGGGGCAUUCAAAGGGAGGAGCACCCCAGCCCCGGUCAGCCAUACGAAGGCACGUCCCGCACGGCAUACCUCCCAGACUCCCCAGAGGGCGCGAGGACCUUGGCGCUUUUGAGGCGAGCCUUCGACCAGAAGCUCAUCUUCACCGUGGGCCGGUCCACCACCAGCGGCAGGGACAACGCGGUCACGUGGAACGAUAUCCACCACAAGACAUCGACGCACGGAGGGCCCACUCGAUACGGAUACCCGGAUCCCGAGUACCUCAGUCGAGUUCAAGAGGAGCUGAAGGUCAAGGGGAUCGAAUGAGUCGCUUCGAGGUUCGUCGCCACAUGAGGGUCGAGCUGAGAGGAACCAUGUGAGAGGACUAGAAACAACAGGGGAUCAUCGAUUUGAAAAUUGAAUGUAGUUUAAGAUAUUUUAUUGCAAAGCUUGGAGACACUCUUUAACCAUUCGGUUCUUCCUGUGGUGUUAUCAGGGAUCGUUGUGUAUCGUGUUAGAAAGAUUGUGUUUGAAUGUUACAUUUACAAAAACAGCCAAAGAAUUGGUGGCGUGAGGGAGGCCUACUUGCCUUGAUGUCGCCAUGGUUGACAUCUAAUUCUAUCUUUGGUUGUCUGAUGAAGACGUGAUCCGGUUUAUGAAGGACUCUCAGAUGGAGCAAACCUCUUGGAUUAUGGGCGACAUGCAGUGAAAUACACAGAGCCACAAGGCAGAUCGCCACUUAACAGUUUGAACUGUUUAUAUUCCAGUCGUUUAUUGAUAAUGUCUGAAUCUGUUCAAUAAAGUCAAAACGUAUUAGUCGAAGUUGAUGGACAAUGGACAAUGUAAGAAGUAUCGUUUUCUGCCAAGAGGCAACCUUAAAGUCCAUGAGUGUGGAGAUCGGAUUGGGCCAAUCACCAUAUUGGCAUUAAAAGCUCCACCGUUCACUAAUAACUUCACUAACAAUCAUCAAUAUUAAAUGUGCACUGGGAGAUUUCUUCCAAAGAA